ACAAACUCCAAAUUCAACCGUUUGUGAUUGUGAAUCCUGUAAGAAGUGUUCAAUAACUUUAUGGAAACGCCUCUCGGACAGUAUUUGAGGUCCUGUAAAAGUUGUCUGUUAGCCGUAGAAAUCACCUGUGUCCACACGACUCUCUAAGCAAAAGCGCUGAAGCUAGCAGAUGAUAAUCGUCAGCUAAGUUAGCUUAGCUUUAAGCAUGCCGAAUUUUUGCGCGGCCCCAAACUGUACACGGAAGAGCACACAGUCAGAUUUGGCGUUUUUUCGGUUUCCAAGGGACCCAGAAAGAUGUCGCAUCUGGGUAGAGAACUGCCGCAGAGCAGACCUAGAGGCAAAAACAUCAGACCAGUUGAACAAGCACUACAGAUUAUGUGCCAAACACUUUGACCCAGCCAUGGUGUGCAAAACAAGCCCCUAUAGGACCGUAUUGAAGGAUACAGCCAUUCCAACCAUAUUUGAUCUGACCAGCCAUCUAAGAAAUCCCCAUACCAGACAUCGCAAGCGGAUUAAAGAACUUACUGAAGAAGAUAUAAGAAAGAUGAAAGAAAGGAGAUUGGCGUCCUCUAUUGAGCAACUUGCCUCCAAAAAAGAUGCAGCAGCCGAGGAUAGCACGAGCGCCAAUGACGAUGAACCUCAGCUGUCCACAGAGGAGAAGGAGUUCCGUGAAUACUUGCGGUCCUUGUUUGAGGUCGUGGUCAUGUUAGGAAAACAGAGUAUCCCAGUAGUGGCUGGCAAAGCAUCUGAAGCUGAGCACGUGUCAAGCAACUUCCAGGCCCUUCUAGAUUACCGCAUGAAUGCUGGUGACGAAGCUCUGAAGAAGCGGUUUCGGGCGACAGCUGUGAACACAGAAUACCUCUCUGCGACCCAGCAGAGCCAGCUGUUGGACGUCUGUGAGAACACAGUGAGAGAGGAGAUGCUAAUGGAGGUGAGAGAGAGUCGCUUCUUCUCUCUAGUGACAGGUGACCUUGUUGAAUUUGCCAACGAGAAACACCUGCCUUUAUUUUUACGCUUUGUGAAUCAGCACAAUGUCCUUCGAGAGGAGUUUUUGGACUUCGUGUCGUUUGAUGGUGAUGAGUCUGCGCUGGCAGAGAGGCUGGAGGCCCAGCUGACUGAUCGUUGGGGACUCAGCAUGGAGGACUGCCGUGGUCAGGGCCACAAGGCCACUGGGACGUCCACCACCAAGAUGAAAGCUGUGGCAGUAUUGCUGAUGGAGAAGUAUCCCCUGGCAUUGCACAUGCCUUGCUCUCAUAUGGCACUGAACAUCCACCUGGCCAGCAGCCUGCCUUUUCCCAAUGUCCAGGUUGUCAUGGAGACUCUGAGGAGGAUUGGGGCUUUCUUUAGAACCCCAUUUACUCAGGAUGAGCUAGAGAAAGCUAUCGCUACUCACUACCAGAAAAAUGAAGAGAAAGCAGCUACACUGAAACAAGCCUGCAGCCCUGGAUGGACAGAGCAGCACAAUGUCUUUGAUGUGCUGUUAGAUAUGUUGCCACCCCUGCUGCUGUGCAUGGACAAUGUUCGGGACAAUGACAAUGGAAAGUUUGCAGAUGCUGUCACAACGGAUGCAUAUGCAGUCACAGAAACUCUGUCUGACUUUGAGAUCAUCGUCACCAUCGUCAUCUUAAAGAAUGUUCUCACAUUCACCAGGGCCUUCGGGAGGAAUCUCCAAGGAGAAACACUUGACGUGUUUUUUGCAGCCAACAGUCUAACUGCUGUCCUGCAUUCCCUAAACGAGGUCAACGACAACAUUGAUGUUUACCAUGAAUUCUGGUACGAGGAGGCUGUGAGUCUGGCCAACGUAAUGGAGAUUCCCGUGAAGGUGCCGAGGCUGUUCCUCCGGAAACAGCGCGCGGCCGAUGUAGGUGAAAUCCAAGCAGAGGCGUAUUUUAAGGAGUACGUCACUGUCGCUGUUAUUACCGGCAUCAUGCAGGAGGUGGAGGACAUGUUCUCUGAGACCAACCUCAAAGCUCUCAAGUGCCUGUCACUGGUCCCAGCUGUCAUGGGCCAAAUGAAAUUCAACACCACCGAGGAGAACUACGCAGACGUUUACCGCAACGACCUCCCCAACCCGGAAACCCUUCCUGCGGAGCUCCACUGCUGGAGAAUCAAGUGGAAGCACAGGGGCAAAGAAGUGCGCCUGCCCACCACCAUUCACGAAACCCUUCAGCUGCCAGACGUCAAGUUCUUUCCCAACGUGAACUCCUUCCUCAAGGUGCUGUCCGCCCUGCCAGUGCUGAAACUAGAGGACAACAAAAGCGACACAGCGAGUGAACGGCUGCAAGUUUAUCUGGACAGCAUGCCGGCUAAGCAGUGGAACAAAAGUCUUGCGAUGCUUAACAUUAACACUCAUGUCAAACACGACUUGGAUGUCAUGGUAGACAAAUAUUGCAGACUCUAUCCAGAGGACGAUCCUGAAGCUGAGGCCGAGGCCGAGGCUGAGGCUGAGGAAAUAGCUGAGGCUGAGGAAGUGGCUAAGGAAGAUGUUGCGAAGAAAUGAAGCCUCACAGACACUAAGCCUGCUUUGCUCCUCUGGGACAAAAAUGACUGAAACACUUGUCAGCCAAAUGCAUCCUCUUGUGGUUGCUAAUCUAUGUGUCUGUUGGUGUAAGUACACGUUUAUACAAGUACUAAUGCUUUUAAUGCAGAUAUUAAUGGAUUUGUGUUCAACCCCUGAGUUUGCCCAGAAAAAUGAAAUGACCGUUGUUCUUAUUUUAUGUGGUAAAAAAUAAUGCAUUGCAGCUUAAUCUCACAUUAUAAAUAAGCAAAUCUGGCAUGAAGGAAACAUUAAAAUAAAUGAACAACACCUCAUGGACACUCAACAAAAUGCUCAGAGAUGUGAGGCCGUGUUAAUAACACAAUCUGUAAAUAGCUCUGAUACUUUGUCAGUUUGUUUUAUUAUUAAACUUUCUUCCUUUUUUUUACUCAUCACAUUCACAUUUGGCUCAUUUACUGAUCCCUUUUCUUUCCUGUGUGCUUUUUAUGCACAUGAUGGAGGCAAGUCUUGUGCACAUUGAUUACUUUCACUGACUAUGAAGCAGGAAGAGCACAAGAGGGAGCAGUUACACCAAUAUCAGAAGUAUCCCUGGAUCCAUGCUCAAUAGGAAGACAUUUUCAUAAACUAGAAGCUAACACUGCUAGUGUGACCUUUUUUGGAUUGUUAUAAAGGCUCAUAUGUUGGAGGGUCACCUCUUUAAAGGGUACAUAUAUACAGAUGGAAAACAAAAGUAGGGAGCUGGACACAACUCUGGAUGUAGCAGUAUUUGUAUGUUAUUGUCAUUAUUUAUGGCAAGAUGGUUCUUUUUGCAGCCACAUAAACAUGAACUUGUCAUUUACCUGCCUUUACAGUGUUUUCAGU